AUGUCCUCCCCGGAGGAGACGCUGCUGCUGGUUGAGCACCGCUACGUGUGCUCCGAGUGCUCCCACCUGUCUCCAUCCCUGGAGGAGGCCCUGCUGCACCACCAGCAGCACCUGCAGCCCCCGCCGGCUCAGGUGAGCCCCCAGGUGAGCCCCCAGACGCCUCACCUGGAGCUCCUGGGGGUUCCGGCCGAGCUGGAGGCUCCCAGCCAGUUCCAGUGCCUGGAGUGCGGCGCCCUGCUGGUCACACCUGGCCAGCUGCUGGAGCACCAGGAGCUCCACCUCAAACUUUUGGGGGCGCCCUCGGAGCCCCCCAAGCCGACCCCCAACUCCUCCGCCAUCCACUUCGAGUGUCCCGAGUGCCGGGCGCUCUUCCAGAGCCAGGAGCUGUGGCUGGCUCAUCGCCAGGGCCACCGGAACGCGACGGCCCCGAGCCACGCCAGGGUGGACGUGGAGCACUCGUACCGGAAACCGGAGGAGGGCGGCGACGGCGGCGGCGACGCCGAGAUCGCCGCGGAGAUCCCGGCCGAGGUGGCCGAGCCGAGCUCCGCGGUGGCCACGGGCGCGGAGAGCUCCGUGCAGCUGCUCCUCUACGAGUGCGGCGAGUGCCUGCAGCUCUUCCAGAGCCCCAAGGAUUUCUUGGAGCACCAGGUGACUCACCUGGCACCUGGGCAAGCGCCUCCCGCGCCCGCUCCGGCGCCUUCGCUUCCGCCGGAGCUGCGGUGCCAGCACUGCCGGGAGCUGCUGCCGUCGCCGCGGCUCCUGCGCGCUCACCUGCGCUGCCACGCCCUGGGCCAGUUCCGCUGCCCGCUGUGCCCGCGGGUUCUGCCCGAUCCGGGCGAGCUGCGCCGCCACCGCGCCGGCCACGCCCGGGACUCGCUGUUCCUGUGCCUGGAGUGCGGCUCGGCGCUGGACACCGAGGCGGCGCUGCUCGCCCACCGGCGAGCGCACGGCUCCGAGCCUCUGCACCGCUGCGGCGCCUGCGGCAAGAGCUUCGCCAGCUUCACCAAAUUCCUCUACCACCGCCGCUCCCACGCCGCGCCGGGCCCGCUGCCGUUACCGGAGCCUCCGCCGGAGCCUCCACCGGAGCCGGAGCCGCCGCUGGAGUGCGGAGCGUGUCCCAAAUCGUUCCCGAGCGCGGCGGCGCUGGCGCGGCACCAGCGCUUCGUGCACCGGCUGGAGCGGCGGCACCGCUGCGGCGCGUGCGGCAAGAUGUUCAAGAAGUCGUCUCACCUGCGCAACCACGCCCGCACGCACACGGGCGAGCGGCCCUUCCCGUGCGGCGAGUGCGGCAAGAGCUUCAACUCGCACGCCAACCUGCUGCGCCACCACCUGACGCACACGGGCGAGCGGCCCCACGAGUGCCCCGAGUGCCACAAGCGCUUCGCGCAGAACUCGACGCUGCGGCAGCACCUGCAGGUUCACCUGCGGCGUUUCCCGCACCGCUGCGGCGAGUGCGGGCUGCGCUUCCACCGGCCGCACCGGCUGCUGCUGCACCGCGCCCACCACACGGGCGAGUAUCCCUACAAAUGUCCCCAGUGCGGCCGCACCUUCCUGCUCAGGAGGCUGCUGGACGUUCACCUGUUGGCGCACGCGGGCCGGGAGCCUCAGGUGUGUCAGGGCUGCGGCGCCGCCUUCGCCGGGGCCGCGGCGCUGCGGGAGCAUCGCUGCGGGAAGUCGGGCUGGAGGUUCGAGUGCGGCGUGUGCGGCAAGAAAUCGGGCACGGCCGCUCGGUUGCGAGCCCACGAGAGGCUCCACGGAGCCGCGGCGGGCGAGGGAGGCGUUCAGGAGGUGGCCCAAGUGGCCACCGCGCCGAAAACGGCGCCGGUCAAACGCGGCAGCGGCAAAAAUUUGGAGUGCGGCGAUUGCAAGAAGAUGUUCAGCACCGAGACGUCGCUGCAGGUUCACCGGCGCAUCCACACGGGCGAGCGGCCGUACCCGUGCCCGGACUGCGGCAAAGCUUUCCGCCAGUCCACGCACCUCAAGGACCACCGGCGGCUGCACACGGGCGAGCGGCCCUUCCGCUGCCCCGACUGCGGCAAGAGCUUCGCCAUCGCCGUCCGCCUGGCCGAGCACCGGCGCAUCCACACGGGCGAGCGGCCCUACGGCUGCCAGGAGUGCGGCAAGGCGUACCGCUCCUUCUCCAACCUCUGGAAACACCGCAAGAUGCACCGCGGGGAGGCGGCCAGG